GGACAGACAUACUUAAACCGGAGAUGGAUGUAUCUGACGAAGAUGAAGAUGUUAUUUUUGAACACUCUCCCCUUCACCAAAGCCUGAAAGAAGCUGGUUUGAAAGAUGCUGAUCUUCAUCUGUGUAAGGGAGCCGCUGUUCAACUUUCAAGAUCGACAUGCAAAGAGGAGGUACCUCAAAGAUGGAAGCUGUCAUUGGAAUCAAUGAGGAGAUUUAUAAUGACUUUCCUGGGACUCACAAUACUUUCACAGGACCUACAGAGACUGACACGUUUUUACAAUGCAGAAAUCUUGAAAUUGAUACUGAAGUCAAAACUAAUGACAGAAGAGGAUAUGGACUUUCUGAAUACAGCGUUACCUAUACGGGACACCCUUACUCACAGUAUCACAGUCAGACCUACAGUUUUGGUAACAUUGUCCCUGCCUUGUCUCCUGGCCUACUUGUAUGGGCGAGUAGUCUACCCAGAGAUGCCAUGGAAAUUCCGCAGUCUGACCGAUGUGAUGGCUUUUCUGUGUCUGUGUUACAUGGUAGCAGUGAUCUUGAAAUGGGUUGUGUUGUAUCAUCAUCAGUCAAGGUUAACCCGAGGCUCCAAGCACAUCCGCCGACUUGUCAGCUCCUGUGAGGGACUGCUGCGUAUCACUGCCCGAUCUCUACGACUUGUCCAGGAAGCAGAGCUUGUAGCCCGGGGAUUUACCCUGGUGAGUCAGCAGACACCAGUAAGCAGACUAGAACAGAAUAGUCUCCACAGCACACAACGACAAUGUCCACAGCUGCGUGCUUUGCUCUUCCUUGUUUCAAGGAAGGCCAUGCUUUUAGCUAAAGAUAAGACCAUGGCCCUUAUCAACUGGUAUCUUUUUAUCACACUGUUAGUCACACAGUUUUUACUCUUAUUGUUCAGCUGUUAAGGAAACCAUAACCUCUGUCAUUUUUGUUAUUCUCAGUUGUUCCUGUUUCAUUUAUUUUUAAAUACAAUACUGAAUUUUUUCCCAUUCGUCAAGAUAUAGGACUUUGGUUUGUACUGUAAAGAAUACAUAUGUUUGGGUAACUUGUAGAUAUAGGACUUUGGUCUGUACUGUAAAGAAUACAUAUGUUGGGGUAACUUGUAGGACUUUGGUCUCACUGUCUGUACUGUAAAGAAUACAUAUGUUUGGGCUACUUGUAGAUAUAGGACUUUGGUCUGUACUGUAAAGAAUACAUAUGU